AUGGCAACUACACAACCGGGAAACCAAACGUCCAUCUCUGAAUUCAUCCUCCUGGGAUUCGGGGAUCUUCCCGACCAGCAGCCCCUCCUCUUCCUGCUCUUCCUGGUGAUCUACCUGGCCACCAUGGCGGGGAACCUCCUCAUCGUGGUGCUAGUGGUGGUGGAUCGACACCUCCACACCCCCAUGUACUUCUUCCUGGGGAACCUGUCCUGCCUGGAGACCUGCUACAGCUCCGCCAUCCUGCCCCGGCUGCUGGCCGGGCUCCUGACGGGGGACAGGACCAUCUCUGUCCGUGGCUGCCUCACACAAUAUUAUUUCUUUGUGGUCCUGGCAGGGGCCGAGUGUUUCCUCCUGGCAGCGAUGUCCUACGACCGGUACCUGGCCAUCUGCAAGCCGCUGCACUACGCCGCCUGCAUGAACACCCGGUCCUGCCUCCAGCUGGCCGCUGGGUGUUGGGCCAACGGGCUGCUGGUGGGCAGCAUCAUGACGUCCGUGGUGGCCCAGUGGUCCUUCUGUGGCCCCAGGGAACUGGACCAUUUCUUCUGUGAUCUCGCCCCACUAAAAAAACUCUCCUGUAGCGACACCCGGCCGAUGGACCUUGUGACUCUCGUUGUGAGUUCAGUAGUCACCCUGCUCCCGUUUCUACUGACUGUGGCCUCCUACACCUGCAUCCUCGCCUCCGUCCUGAGGGUGCCCUCUAGAACGGGGAGGCAAAAGGCCUUUUCCACCUGCUCCUCCCACCUCAUGGUGGUGACCCUCUUCUACGGCACCCUGGUGGUCGUCUACAUGCUCCCGAACACCGACACGCUGAGGGUCCUGAACAAAGUGUUCUCUGUCUUCUACGCCGUCCUCACCCCCCUGGUCAACCCACUCAUCUACAGCCUGCGCAACAGGCAGGUGCAGGGAGCCCUGGGACACGCCCUCCGCUCUCUUGUCACAUUGACAGGGCGUUAGGUCUGGGAGCCGCGGGCCUGGGCACACGCGGGAAAAGGGGGAACAGCUCUCGGGGGGAAGGGAGGCAGCCAUGUAGACUCACGUCUUAGCUAUUUCAUCCUGGCUUUUCUGUGUGAGGCACCAGC